AUGACGUUAACGGUAAUAGUGAUAGUAACAGUAACAAUGAUGAUAAUAGUGACGAUAACGGUUGUGGUGAUGGUAACCAUAACGAUAACGGUGAUGGUAACAGUAACGGUAACGGUAAUGGUAAUGGUGACAAUAACAGUAAGGGUCAUGGUAACGGUAACGAUGACGGUAAUAGUAAAUGGUAACGAUAACCAUAAUGGUGAUGGUGACAAUGACUGUAACGGUGACGAUGAUGAUGAAGGUGAUUGUAACAUUAAUACUGAUAGUAAUGGUGACUAUAACGGUAACGACAACGACAACGUUGACGGUGAUGGUUAUAGUGACGGUAAUGAUAAUAGUGACAAUAACGGUCACGAUUUCGAUAACAGUCAUAGUAAUGGUGGCGGUAACAUUGACAAUAAUGGUAAUGGUAACCGUAACAUUAACGGUAAUGGUAACGGUAACGAAAACGGUGAUGAUAAUGAAAACGGUGACGAUAAUAGUAACGGUCACGGUAACAGUGAUGGUAAUAGUAACAGUAAUGGUAACGGUGACAGUAACAAUAACGAUAAUGGUAAUGGUAAAGGGGACGGAAAUGGUGACGGUGAUAGUAACGGUAACGAUGACGGUGACGAUGAUGCUAGUUGUAAUGCUAGUUGUAAUGCUAACAGUGAUGAUAGCGGUGAUGGUUACGAUAAUCGAGUCGAUAAAGGUCACGGUCACGCUAAUGAUCACAGUAUCGGUGAUGACAACAGUGAUGGUAACGGUGACGAUAAUGGUUAUGGUGACAAUAACGGUAACAGUUGCGGUAACAGUAACGGUAAUGGUGACUGUGAUAGUAAGAAUAUCGGUAAAGGUGAUGGUAAUGGUAACGGUAAUGGUGAUGGUCACAGUGAUGGUAAUUGUGACGGUAACGGUGAUAGUAAUGGUUACGAUAACGGUAAUGGUAAUGGUGACUGUAAUGAUAAUCGUAACGAUAAUGGUGACGAUAACGGUCACGGUAAUGGUAACAAUAAUGGUGAUGAUAACGGUGACAGUGAUAGUAAUGGUGAUGGUAACGGUGAUGAUAACGGUAAUGGUAAUGGUGACAGUAACGAUAACAGUGACGGUGACGAUAAUGGUGAUGGUUAUGGUAAUGGUUUGAAAAUGUUGUAG